AUGCCAUCCAUCGUGGUUAGGAUUUUCCUUCUUUACAACCUACUGAACACAGCGCUUCUGUACUUCAUCCCCAAGAAACUCAGAACAUACCUCCCCACUUCUUGGUACCACCAACAAACACCCACCACAACCACAACCAACAAAACCACCGUUCCUCCUCCUCCACUACCACAGCCCUCGGCGGCACAAACCCUUCGGAGAAUGGACUCAGGCGAGCUCCGACGGGUUUUCCAAAUGUUCGACAAGAACGGAGACCAGAAGAUCACUAGGGAAGAACUCAACGGCUCGUUAGAGAACAUGGGUAUUUUCAUCUCGGAUCAAGACUUGACUCAGAUGAUCGAAAGGGUGGACGAGAACGGAGACGGGUGCGUUGAUUAUGAGGAGUUCGGGGCGCUUUAUAACUCAAUAAUGGACGGGCGGGACGAGGGAGAGGAGGACGUGAGGGAGGCUUUUGACGUGUUCGAUAAGAAUGGAGACGGGUUUAUCGCGGCGGAGGAGUUGGAGUCGGUGAUGGCCGCGUUGGGGUUGGAACGGAGGGCGGUGGAGGACUGCCGGAGGAUGAUCAUGAAGGUGGAUGGAGAUGGGGAUGGGAUGGUUAGUUUCGAUGAGUUCAAGGAAAUGAUGAGAGGCGGUGGUGGUGGAUUUGAUGCAUUGAGUUGAUCACAAAAUAAAAGCAUGUUGCUCCGGGUAAUUACUUAGUUGUCUUGCGGCGCCGCUACACAGUGAUAAAAAAAUGUUACGAUUUUGGAACAUUUUUGGUGGAGCCCACGCGUCACGUGAAAGAAUUGGUUAUGCCGAUUUCCGAUUAAUUUUAUUCGUUUGCUUGUAUAUAUGUUAUUUCUGUUUAUUAUAUUUGUUGUGGGUAUGUGGCAUUGGUAUUGGCCAAAAGAGAACUCGUGAAUUGAUAAUAUAAAUCUAAAAUAUUGGGUUAAAUCUA